CUCCUUAAACCUGGCUGAAUUCUGUCCAAGCGUAGUUGCUUAUGCGGAGUCCACCAACUGCAAGUGUCUGAAGUAUUGAACAGCUAAACCCCCUUGGCGACUCCAGGGCUUGCUGAGCCAAUUCCUCUAUCAUUAUCGAACUGUAAUUGCAAUACUAGGCACUCCUUUGCAGCGACGGUCGUUGCCCGCUAGGCCGGAGUAGACAUAGUCUAGUUUAAGAGAGUUGCCGCUUGCCGGAUAUGGCUGGCGUUCAUAAACAAUGCAUGACGCGUUUGCAAAAAGAGUACAAGAGCUUGCUGAAGGACCCGGUACCUCACAUUACUGCUCACCCGUCGCCAACCAACCUUCUUGAAUGGCAUUUUGUGUUAGAAGGAACCAAGGGCACCGAGUACGAGGGCGGGGUGUACCACGGCAAGCUGGUGUUCCCCUCCGAGUACCCCUUCAAGCCGCCCUCCAUCUCGCUGUACACGCCCAACGGCCGCUUCGCAACCAACACCAAGCUGUGUCUCAGCAUGACGGACUUCCACCCGGAGAGCUGGAACCCCAUGUGGUCGGUGGGCACCAUCCUGACGGGGCUGCUCAGCUUCAUGUACGACACACAGACCACCACCGGCAGCAUCACCACCAGCAGGCAGGACAAGGAGCGCCUGGCGCGCGAGUCGCUCGCCUUCAACGUCAAGAACCCCAUCUUCCGCAAGCUCUUCCCCAGCUGGGUGGAGGAGCUGGCGCGACGCAACGCGGCAGCGGUGCAGCCGCCAGCUAGCAACGGAGCCACUGCGCCGACGUCAGCCGGAGCGACGGGAGCUGAGAAUGGGGAGCAGCAGCAGCCCCAGCAGCCGCAAGCACAGCAGCAGCAAGGGGGUGCGGGGAAUACAGGGAGAGGUGCGAGUCCGGCGGGAGGGCAGGAAGAGCAGCAGCAGCGCGGGGGGCAGCGGGGGCCGCUGAAUGCCUUUGUGACGCUGGCGAUUGUGGUUGCGGUGCUAGCGGCGGUGUGGGUGAGCAGCGGGGAGGAGGGCAGGGAGAUGCUGCGCUCCUGGGCUCCCUGGUCUGGCGGGUCGCGCAGCGUCAGUUGAGGGGUGUGGGUUGGAAGGCACUGUUGGGUGUAUUGUGUAGGGGUUGAUUCGUACAGUGGCACGGAGACUGGGUGCUACCUGGGUUUAUUGGGGAGGGCUGAUUUGGAUGGGCAGGAUGGGGCGGCGUUACAGGAUGCCGUCGUAUGGUUAGAAGAGCAAGGGGAAGGAGCCCGUGACUUGCAGGAUAACCACACCACCGUAGCCCGUUCCCCAGGGCUGGAUUCGGACGGGCCUGGGCUUUAGGUCAGUCGCCCCUCAACCGCGUACCUAUCUGGGUUCCAGAGACGCGACUUGGGCAUAUCCACUUUACCAACGUUGCUAACGUUCUCAUUUCAUACAAUGCUGAGGCAGCACGAGCCUGCCCGUGCGGCUGCCCUCCUCCAGGAGCACCGCAUGCUGAAGACCGGCGAAGCUGCCCGGCUUGGUUAACUUUCUCUCCUUUUGUCCUCGAGUAUUCGGACGUGAUGCACCCCCUGCAUGCCGUUACAAUGACAAGGAAAGCAUGGUGUGUUUCGUGUUGCGAGCAGUAGUGUGGUAAGCAAGUGGCAACGAUGCUGGCGGUGUUGCUUCGCUUCGGAGCGUGUGCUUGCGCGGGCAGUAGCCGACCGUCGUGUCGCGCUUAUUGUGCUGUUUGUGCAGGAGGGUGGGAUGUGCACGGGCAGGCCGUGUUAGGAGUAUAUGGGAGGCGUGUGAGGCCGUGUUAGGAGUACAUGGGAGGCGUGUGAGGCCGUGUAAUUAGGAGUAUAUGGGAUAUGACGGCGCCAUGGAACCAAAAUGGCCGCACCUACAACGCCGGAUGUGGUUUGCGUUCCCAGUGCAGCAAGACCGUUGGCAAGGUAACGAUCAUGUGGUUGCAGGCCACUGGAAUGCCCCCAGAUGGGCGGUAUCGUAACUCCUGCGUGUCCGCAUUGGGAUGAAAGUUGCAGUCGGUGGCACCGUGUGUUAAUCUCUUAACCCCCCACCGGUGGGGCGUACACCCUUAAAUUGCUAGGUUCUUGUGCUGAAGGGAGCCAAUCUCGCCAACGAGGACUCGUCCCCUAAGAAGGAUGGUAAUCCG